CUUUUCAAAAAAGGUGAAAAACGAGGAAAAAGUCCUCUAAUUUAAGUGUGGCUUGUCCCCUUCUAGCGCAAAUAAACCCUCUUCUCUCCUUUUCUCUCUCUGCGAGACUCCACUCAAAGCCAUAACUUCUCUCACUUUUUUCCUCAAACUCCUAUACUUUCUCACUCACUAAUUUUCUUCACUUCUCUCGUCACGUCGUCAUCCCCUUCUCCCUCCUAACCUAAACCUUAAAAAUUAAUCUUCAAAAAAAGACACAACACAAACAAAAAUAACUCCUUUUUCUUACAUUCGUGACAAUGGAAUCACCCAACUCAUCCGCCAUUUUCCCACAAUUCACCCUAGACACCACCAAAAACAAUAACCCUGACCACUUCAUUGUCGAGGACCUUUUGGAUUUCUCCAACGACGAUGCUGUAAACGCCGACACCAUAUUCGAUUCGCUCCCUGUCAACUCCACCGACUCUUCCAACGUCACCGCCGUUGAUAGCUGCAACUCCUCCUCCUUCUCCGGCUACGACCCCAAUACCAUUCCGGACAUUGGUAGCCGGAGUCUCUCCGAUGGUCAUUUUUCCGGUGACCUAUGCGUACCGUAUGAUGAUAUAGCAGAGCUAGAAUGGCUUUCGAAUUUCGUGGAGGAGUCGUUUUCCAGCGAGGACCUGCAGAAGAUGCAGCUGAUAUCAGGCAUGAAUGCGAGAAACGACCACGUACCAAAGGCCCGCGGGUUCCACUCCGAGCCCACAAGAAAUGGGUUUCAUUCAGAGCCCACCCGAAACAACCCGAUAUUCAAUUCGGAAGUGUCGGUCCCAGCCAAGGCCCGUAGCAAAAGGUCCCGCGGGCCUCCAUGCAACUGGGCAUCGCGCCUCCUCGUCCUGUCCCCAACGACGUCGUCUUCAGACACUGAGGUCGUUGCUCCUGUUUCCACUCAUUCCGGCACAAAAAAGCCCGCGAAGGCAACACCGAGAAAGAAGGACAGCGGCGAUGGCAGUGGUGGAGACGGACGCAGGUGUCUGCAUUGCGCCACGGACAAGACACCACAGUGGCGAACCGGGCCCAUGGGUCCAAAGACGCUGUGUAACGCGUGUGGAGUGAGGUACAAGUCGGGGCGGCUGGUGCCCGAGUACAGACCCGCGGCAAGCCCAACGUUUGUUCUGACAAAACACUCGAACUCGCACCGCAAGGUUCUGGAGCUGCGAAGGCAGAAGGAGAUGGUGCGGGCCCAACAGCACCAGCAACAACAGUUCCUACAACACCAUCAUCAUCAGAACAUGCUGUUAGACGUAUCCAACAGUGAAGAUUACUUGGUCCACCAACACGUGGGACCCGAUUACAGGCAGCUUAUCUAGUACGUGCCAGAGUAGGACAACUGCGGUGGAGCAUCCGGUAAUUUAUUUUGUAGCAGAGUUAUUACAUGUUCAUUAGGACAUUCUAAUUUGUUAUUGUUUCUUUCUUUUUCAUCCUAAUUCGUUCGGGAAUGGCUUUUCCUCACUCAUAA